AUGGCUACAAACUUAUUUGACGUUAUUUGGCACCAAGAUGCACUUGGUGUACGCUUUACACCUAAUGAAAAUGACUUGCCCGUUGUAUGUCAAGUACCAUCCAACGCCUGCUCUGCUGUGCUUGCGUCCCGUUUGGCCGUUGGCGACGUGCUUGUGGCCUACGAUCUACAAUGUACUCAUGAGUUCGAACGUAUUCAACCAGUUGUAGCUUUUGACCAAUUAGUGACCAUUUUGCGUUGUGCUAAGCUGCCAAUUCGUCUACGUUUUGAAUCUCGGGAAAAGGAGAUUCCUCCACGAGUCGACGAGUCCGACAUGAUAUGCAGUUACGUCUUCACAUGGGAGGCUCAUACGUCUCUAGGUGUGUCAUUGGCCAUGGAUCCGUGCUCUUUGCAUGCUGCAAUUACAACGAUUGACUCAAACAAGAUUGCACAAGCGUUUCAGGACCUUAAGCCAAUGCUCGGUGACGUUUUGAUCGCUAUUUCCCGAGCGGUCGAUGAUAAAGAAGUCACACGUCUUGAUGAAAUGUGCUUUGAGGAGAUUAUCCAGACGCUGCGUCAGUUUCCUCGACCUUGUCGUCUUACUUUUGUAAGACUUGUGGAGGAUACACCGUCAGACUUGUCCGGAUCAGAAGAGAAUCAUGUGAUAUACCCAUUAAAGCCACUGGAUUGUCCAAACACAGAUUCCUCUUCCAACAACCAAGGUAGUGAAGCAAUAGACAUCUUUAACCCCCCAUUCUUGAAGAGACCACAGCAGUUGGUUCCCAGGUCUCGUUUAAGAUCCGGUCUGCGUCCUCUACGGAAGCACAUCCCUAUUUCGAUGCGAAAGAGCUUUCGCAUUGACAAACCGGUACCGAGUUUGCCUCCACCAGGCCACAGCAGACCCAACACUGGUUCUACCACUUCGAACGAUGGCAGGCCUUACUUUGGAUCGAACGGAGUCGACAAGAGUUUGUAUACGGUCGUUUACAGUGGCGGUGCAGUGGGUUUGCAGCUCCGAGACUGCACCCAGGACGACAAGAAUCUCACAAAAAGCAAUGACAAGAGUCAUCGCGUGAACGGUUAUACUGUGGCAAUUCGAAACGUGACGGACCCAAAGUCUGCGCCCGGUUUGGAGACCGCGAUGGCAGAUGAUUUGCUCAUAGCUAUCGGCGAGAAGGAUCUCCAGCAUAUAUCGUUUGAAGAUGUGCGCAAGGCUCUCGGUGCUAUUCAGAGUCCUACGGAAUUGUUGUUUAAGAAGCGUCGACGCGUUGUGGGCAAUUCCGUGGGCUCUUCCUUAGUCGACUCGUUGCUGCUUUUCCUCGUGUAA